GACUACGAGCGUUCUGAAAUACAGUUCAAAAUGGAUUAAUGCCCAAGAUAUUUUUGCAUGAGUAACUGAGUGCAAGCUUCAGACGCACAGACACCCGGGCCUGUGAUCCGCGUCGUUACAGGAUACCCAGCACCACAAUGCUGCACCUGAGGGCCACAGUGCCCAGGAGACCUGGCUCUCUCAAGACUUUGCACCAGUUCCUGUCACUCAAACCUCUGACUCGAACCAUGAGCAACGCUUCCAUCAGCUGCAAUCACAAACCACAUCAGAGCCACCUUUGUCCUGUAUUUACACCUCAUGGCCUCUACUCAGGCAGCCCUCAUACUGUCAAUGUCAGACCUCCAUGCAGACGGGCGUCCAGCAGCAGUGUGGAUGGAACUGGUUUGUAUGGGAGCCUAUCAGACUCCACCCCGAUCCAUCUGACCGAGCAAUUACUGGUCAGUGUUCAGCAGACUACUGGACUGCCCUGGUGGGCCAGUAUCAUGUGCACCACGCUGGCUCUUAGGACCCUCAUCACUCUCCCCCUGGGCGCCUACCAGAUGGUCAUCAUCGCAAAGGUGGGGGCGCUGCAGACUGAGAUUGCAGAGCUGGCGAAGAGGCUUCGCUAUGAAGUGUCUGUCCGAGCCAAAGAGCGUGGCUGGACAGAGCAACAGUGCCGGCACCAGUUUAAGAAGAACCUGCGUCGCAUUGUGUCUGAGCUUUACAUCCGGGACAACUGCCACCCCUUCAAGGCCAGCCUGCUGGUGUGGGUCCAGCUGCCCAUGUGGGUGUGUCUCUCCUUGGCCUUGCGCAACCUCAGCUUGGCACGCUCCCAGUCUGGAGCUGCCCUGCAGUCAGAGCUAACAGCAGGGGGCGCUCUCUGGUUCUCUGACCUUACUCUGCCCGACUCAACCUGGAUCCUCCCUGUCACCCUUGGACUCACCAACCUGUUCAUCACAGAGUUCUUCGCCCUGCAGAGAUUGGAGGUUUCUCGUUUCCAGAAAACUGCGACAAACUUCAUCAGAGCUUUCUCGGUGGUGAUGAUCCCUAUCGCUGCCACAGUGCCAUCUAGCAUAGCACUGUACUGGAUGACUUCCAGUUUGGUGGGACUGGGCCAUAACCUCCUCCUGCGCUCCCCUCGUUUCCAGAGGCUUUGUCACAUCCCUCCCCUUCCCUCCCACUCCAACACACCCUACCGGGACCUGCUGGCCUCCUUCCAGGCAAAGUUCUUCAAAUGAGGACCAAGAAAGGAGGAGGAGCUGACUGGCGGAGACGCUCCUUCUGGCCUGUUCAGUCCUCUCAUCAGAGAAAGACGGUUCCGUCUGUCAGGAAGAAAAGACGGUGUUGGCGAGUUGUAUUUCAGUGGAUGGACACAAACGGCGAAUUGAAAUUCAAUUCUUUGGUUGGGAUGAAAACCUUGGGAAACCGUUUGAUACCAGGCUCCAUAGUGGACAAGCUAACAUUUCACAUCAAACCUGCAAAUGAUUCAGUAACUUGACAUGUGGGAGGAAAUAAAUGCAGCAUUGCUUUCACUGUCAGUGUUUCUGUCUGUGGCCUCUCCCCACGUAUUUAACCACCAAGACCCCAGGGUCCUGGUGUCUCUGGACCUUCUCCACGUUGUGUUUCUCUGGACCUUCUCCAUGUUGUGUUUCUGAAAUGUGGUUAGUAUCGGAGAGGAAUCCAAAUCUUUGCUGGGAACCUUUUUUUUUGCAUUGUGUUCCUGCAUAAGAGAUGUUAUUGUAACAGUGAUAUUUAUGAGAAAAGAUCCUGUG